AGUGUGUUGGUGGUCUUUCUCUGGUCUGUAGCAGUGGUACUGGGUCAGAAUGGCUGGAGUGUGACUUACACCACUCAGAGUAUCUGUACCUUGAAGGGGUCAUCAGUGAACAUAUCCUGCUCUUACACAUAUCCCAGUGGUACAGUCACAUCAACCUUCUGGUUCACUGAAUGGGGGACUGGUGUAGAACCUGAAUAUAUAGAUCAGGACCCAGAGUAUACAGGUCGUCUGGAGUAUCAUGGGGAUAAGGAGAAAGACUGUACCCUGAGAAUCACAGACCUGAGAGAGAGAGACUCAGCUACGUACAAGUUCAGAUUUAUAACAGAUCAGACUGAAGGGAGAUAUUAUGGUGAUCCUGGAGUCACUCUGUCUGUAACAGCUCUGCAGGUGAAGGUGACUUAUUCAAGUUGGCCAAAUUGGGUGAAAAUUACCUGUAGCACCACCUGUACUCUGAUUGGUAACCCCACCUACAUCUGGUACAAGAACGGACACAAAGUAAAGGAGGACACUUCCAGCUCGUAUUCAGACUCCUUUAGUGAUGCAGACAGUUACUCCUGUGCUGUAAAAGACCAUGAGGAUCUCCACUCUCCUGCAGUGUGUGUUCAGGGUCAGAGCUGCAGCAGAGUGACUUACACCAAGAGGACAAUCUGUGUCUUGAAGGGGUCAACAGUGGACAUGUCCGGUACUUAUGCUGGUUAUUAUUCCACCACGUCAUCAUUCUGGUUUAGAAGUGAUAGGUUGAUCCAUAAGGACAUAACCAGAGACCCAGAGUAUUUAGGACGAGCCUUGGAGAGAGGACCCACCACCCUGAGAAUCUCAGAUCUGAGAGAGGAGGACUCAGCUGAGUAUCGCUUCACUUAUAAACAAAGGAACUUUGAAUGGGGUCAUAGUUUCCCUGGAACCAGUCUGACUGUGACAGAUCUGCAGGUCAAAGUGACUCCUGCUGCAGAGGGACAGAAGACACUGACCUGUAGCACCACCUGUACUCUGACUGACAACCCCACCUACAUCUGGUACAAGAACGGACAACGUCUAGAUGAGCCCACUUCCCAACACCACUCCAGUAAUAUGCUGGUGGUCUGGGAUUCUUCUGUGAACAUUUACUCCUGUGCUGUUGAAGGUCAUGAGGACCUCCACUCUCCUGUAGUUUGUUUUCAGGUGAAUGUGACUCCUAAACAGAAUUCAGAGUAUAAGACACUGACCUGUAGCACCACCUGUACUCUGACUGACAAACCCACCUACAUCUGGUACAAGAACGGACAACAUCUAGAUGAGAGCACCUCCCUCCAGUACAAAGACUCAGUCUCCAGUAACUAUGAAGACAGCUACUCCUGUGCUGUAAAAGGCCAUGAGRAUCUCCACUCUCCUGCAGUGUGUGUUCAGGGUCAGAGCUGCAACAGAGUGACUUACACCAAGAGGACAAUCUGUGCCUUGAAGGGGUCAUCAGUGGACAUAUCCUGUACUUAUGUUGGUCAUUAUUCCACCACGUCAUCAUUCUGGUUUAGAAGUGAUAAGUCGACCCCUGAAGACCUAACCAGAGACCCAGGGUAUGCAGGUCGUGUGAAGUACACUGGAACAUACAGAGGUCCCUUCACCCUGAGAAUCACAGAUCUGAGAGAGGAGGACUCAGCUGAGUAUCGCUUCACUUUUAAAACAUACAACUUUGAAUGGGGUCAUAGUUUCCCAGGAACAACUCUGUCUGUCACAGGUCUGCAGGUGAAGGUGACUCCUGCUGCAGAGGGACAGAAGACACUGACCUGUAGCACCACCUGUACUCUGACUGACAACCCCACCUACACCUGGUAUAAGAACGGACAACGUCCGUAA